UAUCUUAUCAAGAAAUAAACAGAUCUGCACAUUUUACAAAUUUGUAUCCAUCAAGUUGGUAGCACUCUUUUACACGUGGUCACGUGAUUACUUCUAGUUACUUCUGGUUACCUAAAAUGUAAAUGUGUACCUAACCUCAAGAGAUGUUUUAAAAAUGAUAGAUGAAAAAAUAGGUUCGUUGGAAGAAGAAGCUCUAAAGAGAAAAGCACGGCUUCAAGCGCUUAAGAGGAAAAAUGAAGAAGGCAAGGAAACCGAGAACAACACAGGCGAAAAUUUACCAAAACCAAAAUUUCGAAGUUAUAAGCCCCAGGACGAAAGUUUGAAAAAUAAUGUGAUAGAAGAUGCAAAACCCGGAGAUGUAGAAACCAUAGUUCAAGAACAAUUGGACGCAGCCAGUAGCAAAGUGGUUAUUGAGGAAUUAGACAUCAGUAAUCUAGCACCUAGGAAACCUGAUUGGGAUUUAAAACGAGAUAUAGCCAAAAAAUUAGAAAUAUUAGAAAGGAGAACACAGAAGGCAAUAGCGGAAGAAGUGAGGGCACGUCUCAAACAAGGCCAACAAGAGCUAGCAGCUUAUGUCAAUGAACCUGGCAAAGUAUAAAAGUAUUACCACAAUAACAUAUAUUUUGUAUUAAUUUAUAUACUCUAAUUUUUGUAUGGAAUACAUAUCUACAACAAUAAUUAACAUUAUUCACUUGUAA